AUGUCCCUGAACAGUCAAAGCCUACUGGCAGACCCUUCCAAAAGCGCCGCAACAGCAACACACACUCAAGUUGACGACGCACGACCAAGCGACGUCAGCGGCCGAGACGGUGAGGGUGCUGGUGUCGGUGCUGGCACUCCACGGAACAUGUCGAGCAGUUCGACUCCCCCAACCAGCAACAAACGCGAAGAAUUUCGCAAAAGAGUUGGAAUCCCCGACGACGGUACGAAAACUCCCCACAUUGACCUGGAACGAAGGAGGAAGAAGAACCACCUCCCGCGCAGCCCUUCGCCUUCCACCCUACCACCAGACACCACCAUCACCACCGCACACACCCUGAGCGCACAUCUCGAAAAGGCCUACCGCGUGCAAACACGCUACUACUACCUCGUGGCGAGCGCCUCGCACGGCAUGCUCUGGCUGCAGAUCGGCAUCGGCGCGACCGUGACGGCCAUCGGAAGCACCAACUCCAACGCGGCCCGCAUCGCCAUCACGGUCCUGGGGGCCAUCAACACCGUGCUGGCGGGCAUGCUCACGUUCCUCAAGAGCCGCAACCAGCCGAACCGCGCGCUGCAGUUCCGCAACGGCCUGCGCGACGUCUACGAGGACCUGUGGCAGGUCGACGCCGAGACUUGCCGCUCGGACUUUGACGUCGACAAAAAGGUCGAUUACCUGUGGGGGAAGUAUAAGGAGGUGGUUGCGGAUUCCGAGGCGAAUUACCCCGACCUGUGGGUCAGCUUGAGUAACUCGAAAUCGGGCAAGUCGCAAUCGCAAAGUCAACCGCAAAAUGGGAGCAGGAAGGGCAGCACCGCCAGCAGCGGCGCCACGACGCCUCCACCGUCUCUGGAGGUGCGUGCGCCGCUACUGGCCAACACGGUGCCUUGA